GCUAACGCUCUUGGUUACUUGAAACCUUUCCUGGCGCAUGACAAGAGGCGUCAGAAGAGGUGCUUCACAUUUACGGCUGGGUUUUUCUUUGCGUAUCUUGGGCGGAACACCGUUCCAAUCCGUCCUCCUGGCGUUUUGGAAGCAAGCCUUUUCACCAUCAUUUACAGUUCUUUACAAGAAAUUCCGUGAGUUAUAUAUGUGAUACUGACGAAGGGGUUCUGAAGCCUGUGAAGCUACAUGAAGCUACUUAGUUUGUUGAAGCUUUCCUUGCCUGUGGCUGGCUCAAGUCACUUAAAGGAAACUGACAUGGCCGGCACUCCGAGAUUUUUCGUACAUGGUUGCCGAAGGCAAUCUACAUGAGAGGAUCGUGCGGGCGGACGAAAAGCGCUGGAUAAGCGAGAUGCAAAACGGGACCAGUGGCCUGUCAGCGAAAGCCACGGAGUUCGUGCCAGGAGGACGUGCCCUGCUGUCCCCCAAGGCCACGGACUUCGUGCCGCGGCCGGCCGCUCCAGGUGCUGAUCAUCAAUGGGGAUGGAAUGCUUCCCGCUGGAAUGGUGAGAUGGCCAAUGGGGCAUGGGGAGGAGCCCCUCAAGGCUGGGGUUACAACGGCUAUGAUCCCAGUUUCGCCUGGCAAGGGCAAGGCGUUGGGGCUCAAAGUUGCCUCUUCAACGAUGAUGCCUACUCCACAGAUUCAUCGAGCAGUUCGGAGCCUGAAGUCGAAGAAGAUGUGGAACGAAUCGAUCCCAGCACAGACCCAGGUGCUCAAGCCGCUUCCGUUGAAACCGCUCCAGUCGCCACGGGGCCUUCUCAAGGCAUAGAUGCUGCGGAGGAGUCCGACGAAGAAGACUCGGACGACAGCGAUGAGUUUAACUCCUUUUCGGAGGACGAGCCGGAGCUCGACCUGAAAUUGGAAUCGGCCACUCUGACAGGCAUUCAAAGAAAUGCCACAGAGGUGCUGCCGAAUCCGCAAGCUGAUGUACGAGAUCCUGAUAGCCCUCAGUGCAAAUACGAUCUCGAUUUGAUGCUGGCUGUCAGGCGUGCAGUGGCCGCGUCGGACUCAAGCUGCAGCCAGCUGCGCUGGAGCACACAGGCUCAUCUUGAGACUACCCCAGACUGGCUCCGCCGCAGGGCGGAGGCCGACGCCGAGCCGAGAGAGGAGAAGAAUGGCAAGGACUGGCGUGCCCGUGGAGGCGCUCCAGGGGAAGUGACGAAGAGCCGCCGGCGCGGACAGGAAGGUAAGACUCCGAAGUCUGAGAAGCCUGACUCUGGGUCGGAUCUGAUCCGUCUUGCUCCGAAGCUGGAGGUCAGCGAAACUUCCUGGGCAGCGCAGAUCGCCAAAAGGAAGGCAGAGCUCGAGAAAGAGAGCUCCGACGAUUCUUUUGUCAAGAGCAUCCGGUCCAUCCUAAACAAGCUCACAGUUGAGAAGUUUGACACCUUGUCAGACCAGAUCGUGGAAUUGAUCGCGCAAUCGCAGCGACCCAACCGUGGAAUUCCUCUUCUCAUGCAACUGGUCUUUGAAAAGGCCACCACUCAGCAUCACUUCAUCAAUAUGUAUGUCAGCCUGUGUGUGAAGCUUCACAAAUGGCUGACGGACAACGUUGACGUGGCUGAGUCGCAGAGCAACUUUAAGCGGGUUCUUCUCAAUCAGUGCCAGACCUCCUUUGAGCAGUACUUGGAGCCUCCCGAAGGCUUCGAGGGUUUGGUGGGAGACGACCUCUAUGAGGCUCAGGUGAAAUAUAAGACGAAGAUGCUGGGGAAUAUUCGGCUGGUCGGCCAGCUGAUCAGACAUGGCAUGCUUGCUCCCAAAAUUGCCAUUGCGGUUGCCACGGAGCUGGCGGGUGAGGAUCCCGCGGUGCGUGGCGAGCGGCUGGAAACGCUGGCCACCUUUCUGGAAACCGUUGGAGUGGCCUUGGAUGACCCCAGCUGGAAGCAUCACAGUGAGCUUGAAUUGGUUUUCACGGAGGUUGAGCGCGCCUCUGCUGACAAGAGCGUUCCCCGCCGAGUUCGCUGCUUGCUUCAGGAUGUUCUGGAUCUUCGAAAGGAGGGAUGGAAAUCCCAAAGGCGGAAAGAUUUAACCAAAGAAACUCCGCAGACCCUUGCUCAAGUGCAUGAGCAGGCCAAAGCUGACCAAGUGCCGUUGAAGAAGGAGAUCACACGAAGCGUGUCAUACAGGUAGGAGGCAGAGUAUGAGUGCUGCGCCAUGCAAAGCAUCCGCGUGGGAUCUUCCAGGAGUUAACGAAAUGUUCUGAGCCGAGCCCUUGCUUGGGUUUCAUUGCAAACGAGGCUGAGUUGUCAGCCGGGGGAACGCGUCACACCGCGGGUGUGACAUGUUCGCAAAGUGUCA